CAUUCCCCCAAAUAGAGACGACUUUGAUGGUAUUACCUAAGACAAUCCAGCAUAGCAGGAGCAGGGGGUCAAGCGCGAUCGCAGCUACCACCGUCUGGGCGCAGGUACUCCAUCAAGGUACAAGGUUGUACUGUAGACAUGGAAUUUGUUGACAAUACAUGCAAGGAAUAGAAUCGUGAUGAGCUGCCUCUUUCGAACGAAUCAUGCGUUCUAGGGGCGAAAUUCUAAAUGAAAGGUUAUAAUGUACAAGCAGGCACCUAACUAAUGAAACGGCACUCAACAGCGAAUAUAUACCUAACCAAUAACACACAUGGCACUGGUGGUGAAGCUGUGGUUUUGCAUCCAACGGGCAUCCCGAAGUCGUUAUGCCGCAGUGCCCAUAGAGCGGACACCGUACACAUGCAAUAGGCGCUACGAUGGCACUAGCUCUUGUGGCCAUGGCGUACUAAAACAACAUCACCACUUUUUCACCAUGCUCGUACUUGCUGCUCCACCUCAGCAACGGGUCUGGCUGGUGCUUGCGCUGCGGGAGAAACGACCAGUCGAGGACCAGUCGGGCUCGUCGCAAAGGAGGUUGGUAAUUAAAUAAUGAUUGCAGGUGAUUCGGGUUUGCUGUUCGUCUUACUGUACAGUAGCAUGUCCCAGGUGCAAAGUACCGCCUUGGCUUAGAUGUACCGAUGAGGCUAGCGGAUGAUGAAAGAGGAAGAGGAUGAUGACAGGCAGCGCGGCAGUACACGGCAGUAC